AUGGAGCUCAGCAAUAUCCUCAUCGCCGGUGGCUGCGGAUUUGUUGGAUCCGCGAUCGCAAGGGCAAUAGCGGAAAAGUACCCAAGAUGCACAAUCACCGUCAUAGAUAUUGCACCCCCGGGUUCAAUCCAUAAAAUACCACCGCAGGCUGAGUUCGUCAGAGUGGACGUGACAUCUGUUGUCGAAGUUGAAAAAGCAAUCCAACGAGCGCGGCCCACCACCAUAAUACACACAGCUGGCAUUGUCCCUGUUCUGGCAGAGCGGUUUGGGCGAAGAAUGCAGAGCGCGGUCUGGAAACUAAAUGUUGAUGGCACGAGGAUCAUGCUAGAAGUCUCGAAACGACUUGGUGUCAAGGCCUUUGUAUUUACGAGUAGUUGUUGCGUCACGAUAGACGACAUGCGUCUCUCAUAUAGGAACAUUGGCGAAGACUGGCCUACAUCGCAGACUUCACUAAUAUAUGGCGAAUCAAAGGCAGCGGCAGAAAAACUGGUGCUCGAGGCGUCAUGUACCGAAAUGGUUACCUGUUCUCUCCGGCCUUCAGUGCUCACAGGGCCAGGUGACUAUCAACUACUACCUGCAAUCCACGCAUGCAUUGCCAAAUUGGAGACACCAUGGGUUCUCGGAGGUGGGCUGAACUACUGGGACAUAACCCUAGUCCAGAACAUCGCAGAUGCACAUGUAUUGGCUGCCGAGAACCUGAUAUCAACCCGAACCGCGGCAGGCGAGGCGUUUUUCAUUCAAAAUAACGAGCCAAUACCUUUUCGGGACUUUUGUCUCGCAAUAUGGGCUCAUUUUGGUCACAUUCCACCAUUUACAGUGCACGUCCCCGUAUCCCUAGCCUGGGUGGCUGGGCUGCUGUCCGAGUGCUACACCUGGUUUUCUGGAACUGCGACUACUCUCAGCCGGGGAAGCGUGAGGGAUGCGUGUCAUAUUAGGUACGCAAGCGGUGAGAAGGCUAGACGGAUUCUAGGUUAUGAAGCUCGACUAGGGCUUGAAGAAGGCAUCCGGCUUAGUUGUGAGGAUUAUGCUAGGAGACUGGGCAUCAAAUUACCUGAAAAACCGAGCCUGAAAGCGAAGGCAACGUAG